AUGGUCUAUAUGGAUCGUCUCAUCGCUGUUGCGGCGAUGAUCAUAGCCGCCGUAUCUGCUGGGCCUCUUGUCCCCGGUCAGUCUGCAGGCGAUGAUUGUUCCUCCAUCUGCAAUGACGGCAAGACUAACCUCGAAAACUCCGUCUGCUAUUCGAUGAAGCUUGAUGAUGGAACCUGUCACGCCGUCUAUGUCAACACAGCCGUCGCCAGACUAGACAUCGAUGACGAUGAGGUCGACACUGCCUCUCUCACGCAAACGUCCGACUCUCCUCCCGCUGACGGCUCCCCACUCAUUGCGAGAAGCCUUUUCGAGAAGGGAGCCAAGCCCACUCUCAUCUGCAUGCAUUACUCCAGUCCGACCUGCAUGAAACGCGGCAAGGGCGCCAAUAUGGAUGACUGCGGGAACCUCGCCCGCUUCUGGAAUGGACACUAUGGCCGCUGGGUGUUUGAGGGGAGAGACUUCGCGGGUCACCAUUGGCUCAACCUCAUGACCAGCGGCAGCUGCGUCUUCGCUGUCGGCAAUCCCCAGUCUGCCACAGAAUUCGAACGGACAUACCUUGGCAACAGCGACAUCACCAAUGUCCUCUCCGCCGGCACUUCUGAGUGUCGGGGCGGUGACGGUUUGGAGGCGCAGGGCACGAUGGAUUGCAAGAAAUGGCCCCUCCACUACUGGAUUGGUUCAAUGGAGCACUUCAACUGCUGCACCGGCGAGGAUCCUCCUAACCCCAACACGGAAAGACUGCUCGCCAUUCUCGACUAUCAGGAGAAGAAUGUGUCCGCGAUCUGGAUCGCAACAGCGAAAAACAGCAGCAGCCCCAGAGCGAUCAGCUCCAAGGGCAAUGCGUCUUCUCCCAACCCCUCGGAAAAGCUUCCGGCUUUGUGCACACACUCGGCACCGUUCUCCAAUGGUGUGGCGCAGGAUACCAGUCCGCGAUGGCAGGUCAUGGUGAACUCCAACACCGACGAUACUCUGGGGUUCCGCGACAGGAACAGCUUUCGCUUCCAUGGCUUGAGAUUCGCGUCCAAGACGCAACGUUUCACGUACCCCAAGCUGUACAAGGGCUCGAACGGCAGGAAUGUCUCGGCCCUCGAUUUUGGGUCGCCGUGUUAUCAGGGGUUCGGCGGUAGCGAAGACUGCCACUUCCUGAACAUCUAUACGCCAUAUCUGCCUCGAUCCAGACAGACUGACAAGAGGCUUCGGCCGGUUAUGUUCUGGAUCCAUGGAGGGGCUCUCACGAGCGGCUUCGGUAGCGAUCCCCUAUUUGACGGAGGGAACAUGGCCUCGCGCGGUGAUGUUGUGGUUGUCACCAUCAACUACCGAUUGGGCACCCUGGGAUACCUGGCUCUGGAUGAUGAUGUGACGAAUGGGAACUACGGUCUCGCGGACCAGAUCACGGCUCUGGACUGGGUACAGGAACACAUCCGGGACUUUGGCGGCGAUCCUGCUCGAAUCACGAUCUUUGGCCAGUCUGCCGGCGGUGCUUCCGUCCGCGCUUUGCUGGCGUCUCCGAAGGCAAAGGGAAAGUUCGCUGGGGCAAUUCCCAUGAGCAGCCUCGGCGGUCUGACGUACGGGACGUCGUACGCCAAGUACUACACGAUUGAUGAGUCGAUGGACGUAGUUGGAAAGACGAUUCUGAACAGCACGAACUGCACCACUGCAAGGUCGCAGGUCGACUGCCUUCGUCAGCUGCCUGUCGAGAAAGUUGGUCGUGGAGCUCGCUACAUGGUCGUCGAUGGCAAGUACCUGACCUCGGACGAGCUGCAGCUCAAUGGGGACAAGUUGGAUGUCCACUUGAUGAUGGGAACGACAUCAGAGGACGGCCUGCCCUUUCUCAUCUUCCCGCAGAACGGCACCGUUCCGAACAUCACCCUCUGGCUGACCUCACAAGGCCUGCCAGAUCCGCCAAAGAACUUGUUCCCUCCGCUGAACACCACCACGAACAAAACACGGCAAGCUUUCGGGAUCGGUGCCCGCAUGGCAACAGACGCCAUGUUCCGCUGCGUCGACCAGGCGACGGUAUACGCGGGGCUCGACAGCGGGGUGCUCGGGUCGAAGGUGUACUACUACGAGUUUGAGCGGACGUACCAGACGCCCGAGUGGCCUCGUCUCGACCUCUGCGACGCACCCAAGUCGAACAAGUUCCCCAACGGCGAUCCAGAGUCGGCGACUAACAACCUGCGUUGUCAUUCCGGAGAGUUGCUGCCGCUGUUCGGCAAUCUGGCACGUCAACGAUUGCCAUAUCGAGACCAGUACGACUUGCCAUGGGAGCAGUAUCUCGUGGACACAUUCUCGUCGUUUGCGAGGACGUAUGAUCCCAAUCCCGACAAGGACUUCCUUCGGGCCAGGGGUUUCAACAACACAUUGAACGCGCUCGAAAAGACGGGGCCCUGGGAGCCUUCUGUCAAGGGAGAUAUGAAGACUAGGUCAAUCGAUUGGCCUGUAGAGAAGACGAUGAUGAGAGGUUUCAAGGAUUUGGAGCAGUGCAAGUGGCUCAAGUUGCCGCUGGAAUAUUACAUUUGA